AUGCCUGAGUGCCUCAUCGACGUCAAAGAGUAUAUGAUUGACGUACCGUGGGGCCUGCGCAAGCUUCUCCGCUGGGUGCACAGCCAGUACCCCGACUACCAGAUCUUCAUCACCGAGAACGGCUUCGCUGACCCCCCUGGCGUUCUCAACGACACGGGCCGCAUCCACUACCACACGGGUUACCUCUCCGCCGUUCUACGAGCCAUCAACGAGGACGAAAUACCGGUGAUCGGCUACAGCGCCUGGGCCCUGAUCGAUACUCUAGAGUGGAUGGAUGGAUAUACGAAGAAGUUCGGCCUGUACGCUGUGGACUUUGACGACCCAGAGCGGCCGAGGACGGCGAAGGCGUCGGUGUCGGUGCUGGGGCAGAUCUACCAGAGCAAGGAGGUGCCGCUGCAGGACUUCGAGGACGCCGACACGACGCCCCCGCUGCUCUGA